GAUACGUUCCCGGUCUGCGUUCGGAGCGUCUUGUCAGUAUCAUGUAGACGCUCCGCCGAGGCUGUCUGAUUUCCCCCACUCAGACAAUGACUCACAUUUCUUCUUCAGAAUCGUGAUCCUCCUGAAUUACUUCCCGGCGAUCAGGAAUGUGGUCGAUGGGAUUGCUCCUGGAGUAAAUUUUUGUUCCAUGAUAUGGCGCAGCACGAGUAGAAAGCAUCCUCCGUUGCAGAUUUUUGAGCUUGACAAGCUCUUGUGGUUCAUAGCACAAUUGUUGUGUUCACGGAUUGUCUAUUCGUGCUUCUACUCUACCAGCGGCUCCAGGAUCUCUUCCGAAAGAAGGCCCCUGGUUCUUUUUCAAGUAUAAUCAUUUCUAGGCUGGGCGCGGAUCCAGUAGUUGCUCCUGUGAAGGUUGCUCUGAGCAGAGGAUUUCGACCGCGAGCAAGUCUGGGUUGCACAAAACCGAAGAGCAAUGGAGCCAAAUCCGGAAGCGACGAUUGCCAACAAGCGCUCGUUUAUGGACUUUCUUGACCAAGACAAUGGGCAAGGGCCGUACAUUGCCAAGAUCUCCAAGAUGAUGGAUAGGGGAGAGAAGCGACUCCUAAUUGACUUGAACGAUUUGCGCAACUUCAGUCAAGACCUCACUCGAAGAAUUCUGGAGAAUCCAAGUGAAUUCAUCCAACCCUUAACGGAGGCUGUCGAAGAGACCACGAGGAACAUCGAUGCAAAGUACAUUGCCGAGGAAGAGGAAAUGCACGUUGGUUUCGAAGGGCAGUUUGGGUUCCACAGAGUGACGCCACGGGAGCUUCUGUCGCCAUUUCUAGGUGCUUUGGUUUCUGUCGAAGGCAUAAUUACCAAAUGCUCACUCGUGAGGCCAAAGGUGGUUAAGAGUGUACAUUACUGCCCAACAACUGGAGAUUUCACGACCCGAGAGUACCGGGACAUAACUUCUCCCACCGGAGUGCCGACGGGAUCUACAUAUCCAACAAGAGAUGAUUCAGGUAACUUGCUUGUCACAGAGUAUGGCCUAUGCAAGUUUCGAGAUCACCAGACAAUGUCAGUUCAGGAAAUGCCUGAAAACUCUGCUCCCGGGCAACUCCCUCGCUCCAUUGACGUUAUCGUCGAAGACGAUCUGGUGGACAAAUGCAAGCCAGGCGAUCGUGUAGCAAUUAUGGGUAUCUACAAAGCGGUGCCCACGAAAAGCAAAGGCAGCAUGAAUGGAGUUUUCAGGACUGUUGUGGUUGCGAAUAACGUCUCACAGCUCAACAAAGACAUCAAUGCACCCGUGUUUACAGCAGACGAUCUAAAGAAUAUCAAAGAAAUAUCGAAGAGAAGUGAUGCCUUCGAUCUCCUCGGAGAAUCACUUGCACCUUCCAUCUACGGACAUACUUGGAUAAAAAAGGCAGUUGUUCUUCAACUGCUCGGCGGCGUUGAGAAGAACCUGAAGAACGGGACACAUAUUAGAGGGGAUGUAAACGUUAUGAUGGUCGGAGAUCCUUCAGUCGCCAAAUCGCAGCUAUUGCGAGCUAUUAUGAAUAUAGCACCACUGGCAAUCUCAACAACUGGCCGGGGAUCGUCUGGCGUUGGACUCACAGCCGCUGUAACAACGGAUCAAGAGACCGGUGAUAGGCGCUUAGAAGCCGGGGCAAUGGUUCUCGCUGACCGAGGAGUUGUUUGCAUAGACGAGUUCGACAAGAUGAACGACUUGGAUCGCGUCGCAAUCCAUGAAGUCAUGGAACAACAGACGGUCACUAUUGCCAAGGCGGGCAUCCAUGCUUCUCUCAACGCGCGCUGCAGUGUCAUUGCAGCUGCCAAUCCCAUUUAUGGCACUUACGAUCGUUCCCUCACUCCAACCAAGAACAUCGGCCUUCCAGACUCUCUCUUGUCUCGUUUUGAUCUGCUAUUUAUUGUACUGGAUCAAAUGGAUCCAGACAUUGAUCGCCAGAUUUCAGAGCACGUACUCCGGAUGCACCGUUAUCGACCCCCUGGAGAGGAUGGAGGGGUUUCUCACGGUGCCGACACUAGAGCAAACAAAGGAGAUGAGGAGGAAGAGAAUAGCAAAGCAACAGCAGUGUAUGUGAAGUACAAUCGCCUAUUGCAUGGCGAGAGGAAAGGUCGACAUGGCAAAAAAGACGUGUUGACCAUAAAAUUUCUGAAGAAGUACAUCAACUAUGCUAAGAGUCGAAUGCAGCCUGUUUUGACCGAAGAGGCUUCGGAACAAAUAGCUCAAGCUUAUGCAGAGAUGCGGAACAACGGGGCUGACAACAAGAGUGGCGGUGGUGGCACUCUACCUAUAACUGCCCGAACCUUGGAGACAAUGAUCCGGCUUUCAGCUGCGCAUGCCAAGUUGAAACUCCGAAAUCAGGUGAAGAAGGCCGAUGUUGAUGCAGCCUUAAAGGUCAUGACUUUCGCAAUCUACCACAAGGAGCUGACAAAUGCGGAAGAGAGGGACCAGCAGAGAAAGCGGAGAGCCGAAGAAGAAAAUGGUGGUGGAGAUGAUGCUGGAGAUAACGGGGAUGACAAUGGUAACGGAGAUGGGAGUAGAAGAAGAACUCCGAGUAGAAGACGACGUAAAAGCGACGCCGGCAUUCCAGUCAGAGGAGGUGAAGAGAACGAUCCGUCUCGUGGUCAAAAUGGGGCCUCGGGCAUCGCAGAGAUGGACUUCGAAGGAGAGCCUCAGACGCCAAUGGAGGCAGCCGCCAACGGUCCUACAGCGAAUGAAGACGAAGCAGGAACAUCUGGCAGUAACGAACUUUCAGCAGAGAGGGAGGAGAAGUUCCAGCUUGCUUUCGCGCAGCACAUGCGAGCCAAUCGGCUAGAGCGCGUCUCGAUGACGGAAAUCUCUGCCGUGGUCAAUGCUGGAAACCCCCAUGCAUUUUCUACCGGAGAAAUCCGCUGGGUACUGGAGAAAAUGCAAACGAAUAACCGCGUCAUGGUCUCGGAGGAAUUCAUUCACAUAAUUUGAGUGGGACGUUUUAAACGUUGGUGGCCACUGAAGUGGUUCCAGUGUUAUAUCUCCAUGACUGGAUGGUGACAAAUGACGUGCAGUAUGACCGUGCCAUGAAGGGAAGACUUCCAUGGCAUUCCGCCAUAAAGAAUACUUCCUGUGAGAGUGGAGCAGGGAACAUCUUCGAAUAUCAAAGAACAUUCUCGAUUCUAAAGAGGGCGGAGAUCUUCAGUAUUUUCCUUACACCUCACCUUGGACAGAAAGCUGAAGGGAAGAUAAGCUGCGUUGGAGAACGAAGAAGUUGCCAUUCUAUAUUCGUACACGAUUGAUGGGUUUCUGCCCACUUGUAUAAUAAUGAGCACAUUAACCAUCACCGCAUAUAUGUCCGGAGGCCCAAUCCUCCAAUCAUUUUUCCUGUAAAGACUGGAGCCUCAGAGUAGCUACCGAGUUUGAUUGCAAGCACGGGUUGUACUACCCAUUCCAGGGUUUUCUUAAUUUCAUACACUUCAGUCAUAUAUUCGAUUAAUGAGUUUACUUCAACCCCCGGUGCCGAUUGAAUGUCGUUCCAAUCGCGGCAUCUGUCUACUAGUUGGAGGUAAUGGGGGACUGAUCUGAGCUGUCCCCCAGUGUUGCAGCAUGUCCUGAAGGUAGUCAGUGAGCAGCUGAGAAAAUGUUGUACGUCCGUGUGCAACACGUUCAGACACAGUUGAACAUAAGACAGUUCAAGCCAAAGAGACCUUUCCCUUGCACAUUGGCUACCGUAAGGAUCCCUCUGGUUAACACGCCUCGCUGUCUGAAUGCAGCUGCUUAGACAGUUGAGUUGACAUGUUCUUGAAUGGUCAACACUUGGAAUUC